AUGUCGGGAAAGUCGGGAAAGCUCGAUCAGUCCCUCGACGAGAUCAUGAAAGACGGCAAGACGACCGGCGUCAAGCGCGGUCGUGGUCGCGUCUCCACCCGCAAGGCUGCCAUUAAAUCAAAGGCCGCCACCACUGCAGCCGUUGCACCAACCGGCGGCGUGCAGAAGAAGACCAAGGCGACCAAGCAGCCACCGCGUGGCCCCGCCGCUGCCGUUGUCCCUCUGUCCGGACCCAGCAAAAUCCAGGUCAACAACCUGCCCGAGGAUGUGACUGAAGCGUUGAUCAAGGAGUACUUUAGCACAUCUGUCUCCGCUGUCAAGAAGGUUGUGCUCAACUAUGGACCAAAUGGGCGCAGCCGUGGCAUUGCGACCGUUGAGUUCCACGACGCCAACGCUGCCGCCAAGGCCGUCAAGCUUGAUGGAACCCGCGUUGAUCAGAGGCCUCUCAAAAUCGAAGUUCUGGUCGGUGCUAAGAGCCUCCCUGCGCUGGCCCACCCUAAAUCUCUCGCGGAGCGCAUGUCGAAGCCCAAGGCCGUCACAAAGGAGAAGCCGAAGCAAGCUGUCGGUGCCAAGGGCGCCUCCAAUGGAGCGACGAACGGUGCGGGCAAAGAUGGUCGGGCAGCCAAGAAGAAGUCUGGCCGCGCAGGAAAGCCCAAGGCCAAGACCGCGGACGAGCUGGACGCGGAAAUGCAAGACUACUUUGGUGGAGGAGAGACGAAUGGCGCACCAACGAACGGCACAGCUGAGCCAGUCGCUGCGGCCGACGGCGGCGAUACCGGCAUGGUGGACGAGGUUUUGUGA